GUAAACAAACAUCUGUUUAAUCCUUCCAUCUCAUAUUGUCUCCUCGUUAUUCUUCUCUUUCGUAAGACAACCUACAAAAGAAAAGUUGAAGCAGCAGCCAUUUUUGACUUUAGAAGCUUCAUUUUUUUCCUCUAUACUUUGACUUCAAAAUAUUCGUCAUUCUUGAUUCUUUUAACGCUCUUUUCAAAUCAUCAGGGUCUCUUUAUACUUUUCCCGGGCAUUGGCUCUUGAAUGAUACCAGAAGAAGGCAGGUUAAAAGAGAGCGAGAGAGAGCAAGAAAGCGUAGGGAGGUUAUGGCUAUUGAGGUUUCUUGUACGGAGGCUCCUGGUUCUGGAACCAGCCCAAGAAACUCUUUUUCCUACGAUUUAGACUCUACAGACGGUGAAGUCAGAUUAGACUCAACACUUCUUGAUUCAGGUUCGGAGUUUGAUUUCUGCUUUGGCUCGAGUUGUUCUGUUCAAGAUGUGUCUCCGGCUGAUGAGCUCUUCUCCGAUGGCAAGAUCCUUCCCGUCCAGAUCAAGAAAGUAACCUUUCAGGUUCAAAGAUCAGCUUCGCUCUCAUCAUCAUCAUCUUCUUCCUCCUCCUCUUCUUCAUCAUCGUUCGACAACCAGAGAUCAGCACCAGAAAAAAAGAUCAUGAGACUCAAAGAGCUUCUGUUGAAUCCUGACUCUGAUUUUGAAGACAAGCCAAAGGGACUGUUCUUGCAGUUCAAGAGAAGCAUAAGUCUCAACUACAACAAGAACCGAAAUAGCAUCAGAUCGCUUCAUUUCCUGUCGCGAAGCAACUCCACAGGCUCUGCUCUGAACCCUAAACGUAACUUUCUCCCCAAGGAAUCUAGUAACCCUUACAAGACCCACAAUCUUCCCAAACAAACUUCUCUCAGAAGAUCAUCUUCGCUCUCAUCUUCACUCCCUUACAAGAAACAACCCGCCAAAAACAGCUUCGGUAACGGAAACGGUGGCAUUCGAGUUAGUCCGGUCUUAAAUUUCCCACCACCGGCGUUCGUCUCGAAUGUUGCCGACGGAUUUUUCAGCAUUGGAUCGCUCUGUAAUGGUAACAUGAACAGGAAGACAAUAUCAUGAAAACAUCUUUUGUCUUUUGUGGCCUGAGAGGAGAGAAAAAUGUAAACAGAAAAUGUCUUUUCUUUUUAUUUUUACUGUUUGUUGUAUAAUGAUGGAAUAUCGACAGCACAUGUGAAGAUUAGACAUCAUGUGAGUUUUGUCUGUAUUUUCAAAAACCAAAAAAAAAAACACGAAUAGGAACGCCUCGUUUGAUUGGA